UCAAUAUGACUGGACUAUAUGCUGUUCUUGGGCUUGUUGCUUUCAUUAUGAUUGACACGUCCAGUGCCAGGAGUAAGUACCGUAUCGUGGAGUACAACUCAAAGGUCACUUCCUGGGAGAAGGCACGUGACGCGUGCCGACUGUCAGAAGGCUGGGACCUGGCUAAAAUUGAAAAUAGGCAGGAGAACGAGGCCUUGAAAUAUCUCCUUGCCACGGAAUGCAACAAUGGAGGUGAUGGUUGGUUCAUUGGGGGAAAAUCCGAAAAUGGCGUCUGGAAAUGGGCAGACAACUCAGAUAUGCUGUUCAAUAACUUCCCUCCCGUGCGCACUUCUAUUAAUGAAGCCCGACCAACGUCCACGGUGAUCAAUUACGCCGUCAUAUUCAAGGGAGAUUACCAGUGGGGAUAUGUGGCCCCUCGACCUACUCCAAGAAUGGGCUACGUCUGUGAAAACAUGACCUACACGGCAAGCGCCAGAAGUAAGUACCGUGUCGUUGCUUACAGUCCUGUGGUCAGUUCCUGGGAGCAGGCACGAGACAAGUGCCGCCAAUUAGGAAUGGACCUUGUAAAAAUCGAGAAUUCCCAAGAAGACAAUGCUCUUAAGAAUCUGCUUGCCACAGAAUGCAGUAAGAGAGGUGAUGGUUGGUUCAUUGGAGGGCGAUCCGAAAAUGGCGUCUGGAAAUGGGCAGACAGCUCAGAAAUGGUGUUCGACAGCUUCCCUCCCGUGUUGCGCACCUUUAGACCGGGAGGACGGCAGUGGCCCUCAGUGGUGGUCUACUACGCCGCCAUAUUCAAGGGAUACUACCAGUGGGGAUAUGUAGCGGCGGGCCCAACUCAACGAAUGGGAUACAUCUGUGAAAACAUGUCAUGUUAA